AUGGCGCAAGUAUUCUUGGACCUCAUCACUUCCUUCGGGAACUGCCUGAACUGCUUUCCAGGCUCCCCGUCGCUCAAGAUCAACAGUCGCAACUUCAAGAUCCUGAGAUUACUAGGCGAGGGCGGCUUCUCCUAUGUCUACCUCGUCCAAGACACAUCGACCUCUGAACUGUUCGCCCUGAAGAAGAUCCGCUGCCCGUUCGGCGCCGAGUCCGUCGCACAAGCGAUGAAGGAGGUCGACGCGUACAAGCUCUUCGCCAACACAUCCGGCAUAAUACAUAGCGUCGACUACGCGAUCGCCUCGGAGCGCGGCGGCGGCGAGGCCUCCAAGACAGUCUACGUUUUGCUGCCGUAUUACCGGAGGGGGAACCUUCAGGACCUCAUCAACGCAAACCUGGUCAACCACACCAAGUUCCCCGAGAAGAAGCUGAUGCACCUUUUCCUUGGGGUCUGCCGCGGGCUAAGGGAGAUGCACGUCUACACAGGGCCCGGUGCUGCGGGCGGCACGGGGGGCGAGAGGAUGGAGAUGCGGGUCAACGGCGUGGACGAGAAUGUCGAGGCGGCGCAAGGCAGGUCAAAGAGGCCGCAGGAGUCGAGUGGCGCGGACGAGGACGACGAGACAGAGCAGCAGAGGCCGCUGAUGCACGGGAACGAGGGCGUGCCCGAUGGCGAGAUAAAGAGCUAUGCGCAUAGGGAUAUCAAGCCAGGAAACAUCAUGAUCGACGACACUGGCUCCGCACCGAUCCUCAUGGACCUCGGCUCCAUCGCCGUCUCCCCUAUUCCCAUCACAUCCCGAUCCCUCGCCAUCGCAACACAAGACACGGCGGCAGAGCACAGCACGAUGCCAUAUCGGGCGCCCGAGCUCUUCGACGUCAAGACGGGGACCGUGGUCGACACUAAGGUGGACAUCUGGUCGAUGGGAUGUACGUUGUACGCCUGCCUAGUAGGGAAGUCGCCCUUCGAGAUGCGCAGCGACGAGACAGGCGGCUCGUUGAGUAUCUGCGUGCUGGGCGGGGACUGGCGGUUCCCGGAUGAGGGGCCUGGUGGGACGAAGAAGAAAGCGCCGGUAAGGAGGACCAACACCGGUAUGGGCCAAGGCGGUGGUGCAAAUGGUGCAGCAGCAGAGGACCUUGUUAUCAGUGACCCCAUCAAGGAGGUGGUGAGGAAGUGUUUGAGUGUGGAACCCAGUGAGAGACCGGACAUAGAUGAGUUGAUUAGGAUGGUUGAGAAGGUGGUUGACGAGCUGCCCGAGGAUGACUCAACAUAA